CGGAACCUCCGAUCCUACAACCCCUCCACUGACCCUGGGCUCCAAAGCUGCCAGAUAAGAGAAACGAAAACCGGGGGAAAAAAAAAGGAAAGCGAGAAAAGGUCCAAGAAAAGAAAUCGUCCAAUGUCCUCGAACGUCGGCCUCUCCACCCCGCGCGGUAGCGGAACAUCGGGCUACGUCCAGAAAAACCACGCCUUCCUGCGCCCCCGAAACUUCGGCUCGGGAGCUCCAUACCCACCACCCUCAGGUGGGCCUGAGGGCGGUUCAGGGUUCAAGCAGCGUCAGCCGGAUCAAGCGAUUUUGGAACAUGAACAGAAGCGGGAGAUUGAAGUGAAGGUACUUGAGGAGCGGGAGCGGUUAGAAGAUGCGAAUGAGCGUAUUGAGGAGGGAAAGGGCGAAGAGGGCGAAAAGACGCUCAGUGAAGAGGAGAUUGAUGAGAUAUGUGAGGAGUUGAGGGAGAGGUUGGUGAAGGAAAUGGAGCAGAGGAGGGAGAGUGGGCGCGGGGAGAGAGAUGGGAAGGGGAGGAGGGAUGGUAAGAGGGGCUUCAAGGCUUAUCAGGUUCACGAGCUUGCGGAGGCGAAGAUUGCUGAGAGUGAGCGGCUGAGGAGGGCCUUGGGAAUUAAGGAAGAUGCUAGCGGUGAGCCUGUGAGCGCGAGGGGGGAGAUUGAAAGGAGGAGGGAGAAGGAAAGAGAAAGGGAGAGGGACAGAGACUAGUUGGGGUUUCCUCCUAUCUGUUGUACUGCUCUUCUCUCUUUUAAACUGAUAGCUUUGCAUGCUGGGCGUUGGGUUUUUAUUGUAUGCAUGAGUGGAUAAGGUAUUUAGGGUCUGGAUAUGAUUAUGGCUUGGUUAUCUUUGCAAUAUUCAUGCAUUGCUUUAUCUUCGUAUAUAUCGGGGUAUUAUUCUAUGUAGUAAACUUUUCAAUAAUCCAACCCUGCUUCAAAUCCUUCCUUUGGAUGACCUUCUUUGCUGGUAACGGCCAUCCUGUACUUCCCACUUCGCCUACCAACGACGGGAUCACAAAGCACGCUCGUCGCUCAGGCACGCCAUCCAACUGCUCGAUCUUUCCAAUCGGCUUGCCGUAUUCGAUAAGCGGCGUACCGUGAGCUAAUGCCGACAGUUGAAGCCCACUGGGUGUGACUAGUGGGUACAUCCUGAUCUUGGGAGCAUCU